CGUCUCGCCCCCAUUUCGAAGCCCACCGAAAAUUCUACCCCCGCGAUUCCUCUCCCCUCGCCUCCUCGUCCUCCCCUCCCUAGGGGAUCGCCGGAGAGGAAUCGCGGAGAAGGGCUUCUUGUUGUUAAGGAAACCAUGGAUCACAAGGAGGCUGGAUGCCAACAGCCAGAAGGCCCGAUCCUUUGCAUCAAUAACUGCGGCUUCUUUGGUAGUGCGGCUACCAUGAACAUGUGCUCAAAGUGCCACAAGGAGAUGAUAAUGAAGCAGGAGCAGGCCAAGCUGGCAGCCUCCUCUAUCGAUAGCAUUGUCAAUGGUGGCGAUUCCGGGAAGGAACCAAUUAUUGCUGGUCACACAGAAGUAGCUUUUGCUCAAGUUGAGGUGCAGACACUCGUUGCACAACCUGCUGAAAUUGCUGGCCCCAGUGAGGGGCUGACGGUGAACCCCAAGGGUAAGGAAGGGCCAAGUCGGUGCUCCACUUGUCGGAAGAGGGUUGGGCUUACCGGAUUCAACUGCCGAUGUGGCAACUUGUACUGCGCAUUGCACCGCUAUUCUGAUAAGCAUGACUGCCAGUUUGACUAUCGGACAGCUGCUAGGGAUGCUAUCGCCAAGGCUAAUCCAGUGGUGAAGGCAGAGAAGCUUGACAAGAUCUAGGGGGUUCAAAUGGUUGGUGGAAGAUACAUCUCAAUUUGCGGUACUUCAUCAUCCUUCUUUGCUGCAUUAUCCAUGCCUUUUCCUUUCAUGUUGGCUGCUACAAUCUAAUUGUUCGGCGCUGUGAUGCAUGGCACUCCACGGCAGCUUCAAGAACCCACACCUCUGGUUAGUCCGAAUGGUUUGCAUGUUGGCUAUGUUGUGUAAGCUUUAUUUAUGAUCGUCUUGCGCUGACGGUAUCGUGGCUUCGCAUUUAGCUAGCUCUGUAAUGUACUAUUGUACCCAAGUUGUUACAUUGCAACCAGUAAUAGUAAUCAGCAAUCGUCUGUUAUAUGGUACUGAUGACCA